CAUCAGUUUUGAGUUUUUUUGUAAAGGAGUUACAAAGUAUUCCGUUCUGUGUGAGAAAAAUGUGGAUCUUCGUUUUACUUGGUGGACUCUUCUUGCCAUUCGUGCUGGGACAAGGCUGCAAUUAUGAUCUGCAAGUUGGUACAACUGUUGUUAACAUCUCUUCUGGACUAGAUCCACAGUGCACGUGGACUGCCACGGCAUUUGAAGACUAUCGCCUCAAGCUAACUUGCGAUGUGAAACUUCCUGGUGGAAUAAACAUUGGAAUUGGGAAUUGUCUCUUGAAUUUCUUAACAAUCUCCGCGUCGGGAAAUCCAAGCUCCUCUGAUGGGACAAAAUACUGCAAUAGCGGAUCAUUCUCCGUACUCUCUGAUCUCAAUAAGAUCAGUCUUCAACUUUCAUCAUCACUCCUGGCCAAUAAUAUCCUUGGAAUCUCAUUUUCCUGCUCACUUCAGGCUGUUUUCAAUCCGUGCAGCUGUGGACACAGAGGGGUUCAAUCCCGUAUUGUGGGUGGAGAAGAAGCCGGUAUUAACGAUUUUCCUGCAGUAGCUGCUCUUGUAGAUGUCCGUUAUAAGGCAGCAUUCUGCGGUGCAACUUUAAUAUCCAGCUGGAGGGCUCUAACAGCUCAAUCUUGUGUUAUUAAUCGACCUACGACCAACAUAGUUCUGGUAGUUGCAGAGCAUGACCUUAGUAAGAGAUCUCAAUACAGUAAGCUGUACAGCAUUCAAUCUGCUGCUUGCUUCUAUGAAAACUGCAAUACACACCCAAAUAUUGAAUACGGGGACAUUGCUGUGGUGAAGACAGCGGAGGAAAUUCAAAUGAAUCCAGCAGUUAGAGUCAUCUGUUUACCAUACAAGUACAGAGAUGACACCCUAGCUGGGAGUGUUGUGGAAAUAGCCGGAUGGGGAGCGGAGGUCUAUGGAGAUCCGAAUUCAUUGGUAUUGCGAAAGACACAGUUGAAUGUAAUAAGCCCUGAUGAAUGCAAGCAACAGUAUCCCAGCUUCACAUCAAAUAACAUCUGUGCCUACAAAGAGGGAGCUAGCGCUUGUACGAUUGAUACAGGAGGUAGUCUUAUGUACACAGGACCGGGCACUAAUCGCCUCUACACUGUGGGUGUCAUACAACCUUCGAGGUGUUCGGAUGACGAUACCCUCAAUACACGUGUUGGGGCUGUUAUCGAUUGGAUCGUCAACAGUUCCCCUGAAAGUAGCUACUGUAACAUUUAGAAAGGAUUGGUCUCACUACAAAGUCCACCAACUAAAUAUUUGAUGAUUAUGGGUUGCUUUCUUCCUAGAUGUUGCUUAAUAAAGUGAAGAAAUAGCAAGAAAAAAAA